AGUAGGGGCAGUUCAGUAAAUUCGCUUCGUAUAACCACAUAAACCUCAUCUUCUUCAUCAUCCGCUCCGUCGUUUCCCAAACACACAGAAAUGGCGCUCAAUCUAACCACCUCAUUCCUCCGAGGAACACCCUGCCCCUCUCUCCUCCCGCGCAAGAAGGUCUGCGGCGGCGGCGGGUCGUCGGCGGGGAAUUGCCGCUCUGUGGUGACGUGCAGGAAGAAGGACAUACACCCGCAGUUUUAUGAGGACGCGAAGGUGUACUGCAAGGGGGAGCUGGUGAUGACGACGGGUGGGACCCAGAAGGAGUACGUGGUGGACGUGUGGUCGGGCAACCACCCCUUCUACCUCGGAAACCGGUCGGGCAUGCUUGUCGACGAUGACCAGGUCGAGAAGUUCAGGAAGAAGUACGGCGAGCUGAGUCAGAUCAUGGAGAUCCCUGUCCUCAAGGGAGAGAUUAUUCUGCCCUCCCGCCGCAAAGCCGCCGCCGGCAAAGGCGGCAAGAAGAAGUAGAACAAUGGUUUUCUUAUUCCAUGUAAGAUUUUAGGUAAAGCAAAAAAAUUGAAGCUUGGAAGCAUGUGAUUUAUGAAAAAUGAGUAGAAUUCAAUGCAUAUUAUGUGUUUAUUAUGUUAA